UAAUAUGCAAACUCCUAGCUCCGAUAUAUUUACCUACUUCCGAUUAAUAUUGAAAAAAAAAAACAUCAGCGUCAACUAGACAGCUGCAAGUAGCAUCAAAAAAAUCCGACCUGUGCUUUGAAUUAGUUUCAUCAUACAAUAUACUUAUACCAGCACUAGUUGAAAUAAUUGUACUAUGAUAUACACGAAGCAACAAUGGUACACGCCCGCCGAGGUAGGAAGACGUCAGAGUUAACUACUUUGGAAAUGAUACGCAGAUAGUGUGGUGAUCCACAACUCAGCUGAGGACUGCUGGGUGUCCCUGAACGGCAGGGUCCUGGACAUGUCGGGCUGGCUGGCCGACCAGUUCCGGCUGUGCACCUGCCGCAAGAACUGCUCCUGCGUCAUCAAGAACUGGUACUGCGCCGACGACUGCGUGGAGUACUGCCCCUGCUUCAAGCGGGGGUUCCCCUACUGUGACAAGAAGCGGCUCGCGAUGACUAUCCUGGCGUACGCAGGCAAAGACAUCUCGCAUUGGUUUCGCGGCGAUGAAUGGGUGCGGUACACGCACCCGGUGACCGGCGCGGCGGCAGCGCGGCGUCCGCACGGCCUAGGCCCACGCGAGCCGCAGGUGCCCUCCACCAAGUGGCGGCCCUACAGCAAGCCCUGGUGGCUGGACGACAGCUUGGUGGUGGGGAAGCUGACGUCUAAGACCAGGCCGAUAAGGAUUACUAAUACUCUUACUGGUUCGACGGUGACGCUGGAGGUGUGCUCAGAAGAGACCAUCUACGAGAUCAUGCAGCGCUACCGGCGCCACAACACGCACCUGGCCUCCUACUCGUGGCGUUACCGCGGCCGGCGGCUCUGUCUCCACCACACGCUGGCCGAGAACGGGAUUCCGGACGAGAGGGAUCGGUUCUCAGAGGUGCUGUUGCCGGAGAAUAUCCACGUGCCGGCCAUUUUGAUUUACUACAAUGACGACUUAACUGAAGAGCCGGCGGUGGACGACUGCUUCUGCCGCGACACGGACUGCAUCAGGGACAAGCCGGAAGCUCACGUCGCCUUUUAAUAUGGACCUCAAUACGAGGAGGGCCAAGUAGCAAGCACGAUAGGUUGUAUGCAUCGGUUUUAUUGUUUUUACUUUACAUAAUCUAACCGCAUUAUGCGAAAUGUAAUAUCGUAUUUUUUUUAACUUCUCUUUUUAAAAAUAUAUACAUGUUCUCUA